CUUUUCUUCUUAUUAAAAAUAUGCAGAAUAGCACAGGCACAACACCACCGCCUUUAUCAACGCCUGUACGCAGCGAUAAUGUUGUUUACGACAAUGCUGCUGUUGGUCAUCAACUUGGUGUUGACCGUAAUGAUAUGUUAGCACCUGAUAUAUCAAGAGUUCUCGUUAUUUAUACAGGUGGUACUAUUGGUAUGAAGCACACACCAGAACAUGGUUAUAUUCCACUUCCAAAUUAUUUUGCAGAAUCUCUUUCUAAAGUACGCCGUUUUCAUGACCCUGGAAAUGACACAGAUAGACCUACUCUCAGCCGCUCUUCCUCUCAUGAUAGCCUUGACAGCUUAAACAUUUCUGAUAAAACACACCAUGAUUUCGGCAGAACUACCAACACAGUUAAAGCAAUUCAACAAGAUGGCCCUGACAAAGGCAAAUCCAAGACAUUUCAAUUGCCCAGUUUAAUUACACCCGUUAGUUUGUUUGGCAAGCGCAUUAGAUAUUCCAUUUUAGAGUAUGUUCCUCUCUUAGAUUCGUGCGACAUUACAAUGUCAGAUUGGGUUCGUAUUGCGGGGGAUAUUAAAGAAAACUACCAAUUGUACGAUGCAUUCAUUGUAUUACAUGGUACAGACACGAUGGCUUAUACUGCCAGUGCGCUGAGUUUUAUGUUGGAAGAAUUGGGAAAAACUGUGAUUAUUACGGGUUCACAGGUACCUUUGACUGAAGUAAGAAAUGAUGCUGUGGACAACUUGUUGGGUGCCCUUACUGUGGCUGGUCAUUUCGUGAUUCCUGAAGUGACGCUUUACUUUGGAAAGAAACUAUAUCGUGGUAACAGAACAAGCAAGAUUAGUGCUGUUGAUUUCGAGGCAUUUGACUCACCUAAUAUUCCUGCUUUGGUGGAUAUUGGGAUCAACAUUGAUGUUAAAUGGCCAUUGGUAUUGCGUCCAACUCAUAUUGCAAAGUUUGAUGUGUGGACUAAGCUUAAUCCUAAUGUGGGCUCUUUAAGAUUGUUUCCUGGUAUCAAUGACUCCACUAUCCGUGCCUUUUUGGCUCCUCCAUUACAAGGGGUUGUGCUUGAGACAUUUGGUGCAGGUAAUGCUCCUUGUCGACCUACUUUGUUGGCUGCCCUGAAGGAAGCAACAGAUCGUGGUGUGGUCAUUGUGAAUUGUACACAAUGUAGAAAGGGUCUUGUCACUGAUGCCUACGCUACUGGCAAGCAAUUAUCUGCCAUUGGUGUGGUUCCUGGUGCUGAUAUGACACCUGAAUGUGCCUUAUCCAAAUUAGCCUAUUUGUUAGGGAAGACGCCUGAUGACCCAGAUCAUGUGCGCAAGAUGAUGACCCGUAACUUGCGUGGUGAAUUGACUGUACGUGCUCCUUAUCAACGUUUUAGUGCGUCCAACAAUCGUACCAGUAUGCUCGUCAAUAUCCUCAUGAAGUUUUCUGCUCGAGGAAAACUUGCAGUGCGUCAAGAACUUGAACGUAAUGGAUUUGAAGCUGACUUGACCAUGUCAGUAGAGGAAGAAAUGCUAGCACAAAAGGCGCUAGGCCCUGUAUUACUCUGUUCUGCUGCUGGCUCAAACGAUUUGGAUGGUUUGACUCUGCUGGUAGAAAGUAUGGGUGAAUUGAUCAACUUGAAUUGUGUUGAUUAUGAUGGUCGAGUACCUUUGCAUGUUGCUUGUCGUGAAGGCAAUCUGAAGAUUGUUGAAUACUUACUGCUUCACGGAGCAUCCAUUCAUGUACGUGAUCGUACUGGCCAUACGCCCUUAUUUGAUGCUGUGGUUGAAAAGCGUGCUGAAGUAGUCAAGAUAUUACGAAAUGCAGGUGCACAUUUGGCAGAAAGCGAAAUUGGUGACAUGGGACCCUACUGGUUUAAGGCCGUCAAGAAUAAUAAUAUCAAAUGGAUCCAAGUUGCCUUAGAAGCAGGUUUUGAUGUGAAUUGGUCUGAUCCUGUCGAAGACCGCCGAGCCAUUGAUGUUGCACUCUGCACAGGUCGAUUGUCUGUACUUAAAUUAUUGCUCAACCAACCCAACAUUGACUUGACAUUAGAAGACGCUUGGGGUAUGACCGUACUAGACAAGAUCCAUAUACUCAAGAAGAAGAACAGAGUUCCUUUAGAUACACUUGAAGACAUGCAUUCUCUUAUUACUUCUAAAUUAAAAUAAAUUUGAUGUCACAAACUGAAUAAACUCC